UGUCAUCUGCUUGUGAUAACAUGACAGAUGAGGAGUGCGAUUAAACGUUUUGCUGAAAUGACACAAGUAGAUGAGGGGUUGGCACAUUUUUUGUUGCAGGAAAGUGAUUUUGACAUUAAUCGUGCUUUAACUGAAUUUUUUAAUAAUAGCAAUCAAACUUUGCCGACUUCAAGUAAUAGUAAAGAAGUUGAUGUUGAAGUGGUAACUGGAGUUGAUGAACCAAAAAUGAAUAACAAACGGGCAUAUAAAGACGAGGAAGUUUUUCCAUCAGAAUUAACACUUCUUUCUUGGAAUGUUGAUGGACUCGAUGAUCGUCAGAGAGAAAAGCGCUUUACCGCUGCUCUUUAUAUUAUUGCGAAAACAAAUCCAGAAGUAAUUUUCUUGCAAGAAAUGGUUGAACCUUUAAUGCCUCAACUUAAUGGAUUAAUGUCUCCAAUGUACAACACUUUUAUUCAAAAACCAAAUUGUGGAUAUUUUUGUAUAACUUUGGUUAGCAAGAAUAUUAAAAUAAUAAAAGAUGAAUUUAUUCCUUUUGAUAAUACAACAAUGGGUAGAGGAAUGUUAAUUGUUGAAGUUGGGAAUUUGCCAGAAUCAAUUAAAGAUGCCUGGAUAGAAGCAGGUUCACAACCUCAAUAUCGUUAUACAUGGGAUCUUAAAAGGAAUGAUAAUUAUGCGGGAAGAUUUGGAAAAGGACAGCCUCGUGCUCGUUUUGAUCGGAUUCUUUUUAAAGGGCCUCCACAGACAAAAGUUGAUUUUAAAUUAGAAGGAAUUAAUCGAAUUAAAGGUCCAAAUUGUUUUGUGAGCGACCAUUUCGCGCUGAUUUGCCGUUUCUUAGUUAAAAAGUUUUUUUUAAAUAAAAAAUUUUAG